AUGACGCUUGUAAGAAGAGUUAACAAGAACGUUUUGCAAACUUUUAAAGAAUUAUAUAGAACGGGGAAAAGGCUGAAUAUACACAAAACCACGUUUUUAUGCCAGACAUAUGAAAAGAAUUGCUGGAGAAAAACAAGGUUGAGAGAAGAAAAGGUUUAUCAUAAGAAAUAUAAUUUUUUAAAGUAUGCACAUGAUGUUGUUAACUACGGAAUUGAAAAUAAUUUAAAACUUGAAAUUGAAGAAAAAAACAUUGUAGAGGAAGAUUCAUAUAUAUAUGAAAAUAAAAAGGACGAGUCUGAAAGAAACAUAAAAGAUGAAGUUACCUGUGUUGAUUUGGAAAUAAAAAAUACAUUGAAAUCGUUAGAAGAUAUUAACAACAAAUAUAAUCAGAAUGCUAAAAACGCCAUACAUAUUUAUUACAAUUUCAUGAACAAAAAUGUGCCAUUUAAAAAAAAUGAAUUUAUAAAAAAAUACAGCAAUUUAUAUAACCCAACAGAUUUAACAAUACUUUAUUAUUAUGUAAAAAAGUUUAAAUUACUUACAAAUAAAAGGAAACAGUUAACGAAUAAGUUGCAUAUUUUAAAAUUAAGAAAAAAUGUAUUUGAUAAAGUGAAUUAUUCUUUUUCAGUUGACAAGCUGGAGCAGAUGUUUUACGACCACGCCAAAAAAAUUAAUGUGUUAUGA